GCAUCGCACCCUCUCCACCUGCCUCUUUCCCGGCUUUAUUGAGAUGUAGAGCACACAUAGUACUGUCCGCUGUCUCAGUUAUUUCUGAUGACAUCGAGCGCACAAAGCUUAGCUUGUGCCCGCUCGAGCGUACAGGCCCCCGCCCCCACAGUCCGCCCAGCCUUUGCAGCCUGCCGGCGCGUCCCUGGAUCCCCGUAGGCAGUGUCCGGCCUUUGUCCGGCCCUCCUCCACACGCACAGGAGCAUUUAAUGUGCCCUCUCGUCCCCGGUUUCCUACAGAGGCUGUUCUGGUAAAGGUUGUGGCCACGUAGCAGCCUCAUGCCCAUUGCCGAGCACAAUUCCUGUCUGCUUGUGGGUUCUCACGGCUUACCAGGAUUGACCCUGUAGUGCGCGAAACUUAAGUUCAACCUUAAAGGAGGUGGCCGCACCCUUAUCUAAAGUGGAGAAUUUCCCUCAAAAACUCGUCUUCUGGUGGCUGGAGGGAGGAUGAAAAUGGGGACAAGGAGGUCUGGGGCUGUACAUGAGAGGGAGGAUGGCAUUCUCAGGAGACUUCUGGCGACGUGGCCCCCGGAACUCGCCACCCAGUUUGCAGGGCUCGGCGUCUCCUCCUCGCGGGUCCCUGACGCCCCCUGGCGGCGCGCUCCUGGGCGGCUCCGCGGAGACCCAGCCUCCGUGUUUGGGUGGAGCCGCACUUCUUCCUCCGCGCCUCCAGGGGACACUGGGGCGCAUGCGCGCCCUCCAGCCCCGCGCUACCCGGGAGGUUGCUAGGAGGUUGGCAGCUGGAGGUGCUGAUUGGUGAGUUCCAAAGUCCGCGGAGUUGGCAAAUCCGAGGCCCGCCCCCCAACCAGACCCCGGAAGUGCCUGCCUACGGGAUAGACUGGUAGGCACUCAAAGGCCAAGGCCACCGCUCAUUGGACCUGGCGGAGAAGGCGGGUCCCAGCCCAAGCCGUGAUUGGUCGCUGAUCCUGGCCUGCCCGGGCGGGCGAUCCGAGACUGCUUGGUGCUGGCUGCAUGGGGCGGCGGAGGCGCCGGGUGGAAGGGGCGGCCAAGGCCCUGCCUGAGGCUAUCGCUGCGCUGAGUCGGUCCCUGCCCGCUGGGCCCAGCCCCGAAAUCUUCCGCCGCGCAAAGUUUGACCGUCCAGAGGCGGCUCCAGUGCUCUGGCAGCUUCUCUUCCGAGUGCUCUCACCGCUUGCUGCAAACAAUACCUUGACCGACCUUGCUCCUGAGGCCCAAGCCCGUGUGGUGAAGUCAGCACUGGGCUCCCAAGGCUACCCCAGGUCUGCGCUGGUACAGUUUCCUGCGGGCAAUUCUCAGGGAAGCCGGGAACUGCUGCUGGCCCUGUCCUGGCUCCUGGCACGAGGACCUUUGCUUGAGCAGCUGCUUGCCCGGACCCGUGUGCAGCUGGGUGAUCAGUUGCCCCAGUGUGAGUGUGAGGUCCUGGCCAGCCCUGGUCAUCCUGCACCCCACGUGGAAACAGAGAGUCCGGUGGAUCUCCGACUAGUGGAAUGGCUGAUGGGAAAGCUGCGGUUUAGGUGGCGACGCCUGAUCUCCAGUCAGCAGGAACAGUGUACCCUCCUCAGCAAGAUCCACCUGUACACCCGUGGAUGUCACAGCCAACAGAGCCUUGGCCAUCUUUCUGUGGCUGAAACAGAGAUGCUCAGAGACCCAGAGAGCAGCCAGCAGCUUCUGCAGACACUGGAGAUUGAGAACAUGCGCCUGGGGGCAGCUCUGGAGUGGCGGCACUGUGAGCUGGUCUUCUGGCAGUGGAUGGAUACAGUUCUGGAUGCCUGUUUGUCGGAGAGUCCUGCUGUGACCUCACAGCCCACAGUCCUGCCCAUGAUCUCUGAACGCGGGCUUAGUGAGCUGGAGCUGGUAAAGCAAGAGUUACAGGCCCUGCAGGAGGAGCUACAGGAAGUGACUGAGACCCGGCGGGCAGCUUGGGAAGCCCAGAUUGGAGGCCUAGGUCAGGGGCCAGAGUGGAGCACCACAAGGAAGGCCUUGCAGGAGGCUGUCGAACAGGAGUUGGUCGCUCUGCAGGGGUCCUGGGAGCCAUCCAGUAAUCCUGUCCAGCCACAAAGACCCCAUCGACUGGUGAGAUGUAAGGAUGAGUCACCAAGGCCCCAAGGCCUGCAGGCAGCCGAGGUGAUCAGGACACUGAGCGCCCAGGAGGCCUGUCUGACGAAGGUGCUGCAUCAGCUGCAGAAUCAGUGUCGGCAGGAGCUGGCCAGGAUGGCUAGUGCUCUGCCUGGAUUGAUUUGGAUUCUGGCUCCUGGACACUGAGGACCUCAAGAUGUGCCCACCUGUGUAGAGGGCUUUGUAGGGUCUCAGAGGAGCAGACUGGGGCUGGCAUGGGAGCAGAGGUCCGGGCCAUGUAUUCUUUCCAGGGCCAGAGCCCUUUCUGCCUACAGUUUUGAAGUCAGCAUAGGCUGGUCCUCCUGAGACGUUUGGAGGGGACCUGUAUAUACAUGGUAGAGCUGUCUCUGGGGACACCAGGCUGCUGCCCUCUUCCACUGUCCCUUUAACUUCCUCUUGGGACACUGGGAUGUAGGUGGUGCAUGGUUGGCACCGUGCUGAGAUCACACAUGCCCCACAGUGCAGGAGGUAUUGGGCCUCCCCUGAGUGGAACGGCCCUGGUGGUUUCCCUGCACCUCCUUCUUAGACUCUGGCUGGACGCCUCCUACAGCAGAGCCUCCUGUACUGGGCCAUGGCUGUGCCUGGUGUGUGUGUGUGGUGGGGAGCUGGAUGGGGGCCCUGGGGGCUCUGCCUGGGGGAGAGGAGGAGGGAAGCUGCAGUGUAGACAGAAAGGCCUUUGUUCUGAAGGCUGCCGGGCAAGCUCAGGUCUCACAAAGCGGCCUGUGUCCAGGAUGUGCCCACAGCCUGGUGGGAUGGCUCUCCUAGCCCAGGCUUCUCCCAGCCAGCGGGCUCAGGCUGGUCCUGUGGUCUCUAGCCCUGCCUUCCUUCCUAUCCCCAGCUCCAAACUCUGACCAGACACUGGACAGGUGGUAGGUCCCACUAGGCAACCUCUAGCCUCCUGGUAGCUCAGGCCUGAGGCCACUACCAGACCCUGGGCACCUUGGACGCUCAACUAGAACAUUGUCUCGGGGUUUUCCUGCUUGCCUAGUGUUGUGUGGUAAGAGUGACAGCUCACGUCUGGGGUGACAGUUCUGGUGCAGGUGGCCUCUGGCCCUGGAGGCAGGAUACCAUGCAGGUUUGUUUCAGUGACUGUUCCUAGCACACUUCUGGAGGACCAGUGUCUAACAGGUCCUUCCUAACUUUCGUGAUGGUAGCUCCUAGGGUCGCUGGACCCUCCUGCCUGCUGCCGGGCCUUGAUUUGGGCUAUAAACAAGUCCACUUAUGCUUCCUGCCUCUGAAAACUGCCCUGCUAUAGGAUUUCCAGUGGCCCUUUGGAACUUGACCUUAAAAACAUCUAAAUGCAGCUGGGAGGUGGUGGUGAACGUCUUUAAUCCCAGCACUUGGGAGGCAGAGGCAGAGGGAUCUCUAAGUUUGAGGCCAGUGUGGUCUACAGAGCGAGUUCCAGACAGCCAGGGCUACACAGAGAAACCCUGUCUCAGGGAAAAAAAAUCCAAAUGCAGAUCAGUGCUCCCAGCUGUCACUUCUCUGUCUGUUCGGCAGAGUUAAUCAUUUCCAGUCAGAAUUCUGUACACGAAUGCAUUGUCUGUCUCUGUGGGACUCAAGGGUCUGAGGGCCAUGUCAAGGGAAGAGCCUGUUGGGGGCUCAACCCUGGGACCCAUCCUUGGUCAAGUUGUUAGACAUUGUCACUUGGGAAGGACUUCAGUACCAGUUUUUCCACAUAUAAGGGCUUGAUAUAGCUCACAUUGGUGGUCUCACUGUUCUGUGUCCUGAGCUCCCACACAGUCAAGUAGGAAUAAAACCAAGUGUCAAUUGACCACAUCCUUGGUGGACCCUGAAGUCCUAGGGCAAGCUCACAAAUUGAUGAUGUAUGGUGCUCCAGGGUCCUUACCUACAGCCUAACAGAUUGGGCGUUAUGGGCCACCUGACUGACACUAUCCUCCCUGACUUUGAGGAAGAGUGGUCACAUUGUCCCUAACACCCCCAACCUGAUCAUAAGGUCAGGAAAAUCUAAUACUUGACACAAACACUAAAGAUCUGGCCACCCACGGCACAUUGGAGGCCAGCAGGUGGACAGUGGGCCCUGCUCUGAAACCAGCGAGGACAUGCCAUCUGUUUCUUGGGUUCCCACCCAAGGGAACCUAAUAUGCAAAAACAAGCCCCCCCAUUGCUCGAGGUUGUGGGGAAUACCAGAGGUGGUUUCCUGACACCAAAAUAUGCUGACUAUGAGGGGAAGUUUGGUAAUUUCAACUCUUAUCAAAGCUAGAAAUUUCUGUUUAUUAAAAGAUGAUAUAAUAGGA